AUGCACACUUUGAACUCCUUUAUCAUCAUCGCUGCUUUCAUCGCCAACCGGGUCAUAACACACCCUGGUAGCCUCGACUCCGUCCUUGUCCCAGCUCGUGCUCAAGAACUUCAACGUAGAGCUAUUUCUCCUGAUGUUCUACUCAACAAUGGAAAACUAGCUCAAGGUCUCAACGCGAAAUAUGCGACUAUGACGAUGGGAACCUCGUGUAAAGAAGGCGAUCAUGCUUGUCUUCAAGGUGGUUUUGCUCAAUGUGUUUCCGGAAAAUAUGUUAGCCUUGGUUGCUCCCCACCUACUGUUUGCUUUGAAUUACCUUUGUUAUUGAAGCCUGGCUCUGUUCCUACUUGCACUACCCCUGCCGAUGCUGCUGCCCGAAUUGCUAAUACCGGAGUCCAAGGCGGCGUCAAAGGAGACGGAACUGAGACACCUGCUGGAUCUAACUCGACUUCGCCUAUUGCUGAUGCCCCCUCGCUCAAUGGAACUGACAUGGGAAUGGGAGACAUGAGCAACAAUACUAUGUCUAUGAACACCACCGCUUCUGAUGCUACCCCAGAUCUAAGCGCAACUUCAACCGCCAAUACCACCGAUUCAGAAUCCUCAGAUGUUCCCUCAGCUGACUCCGCGGAUGAAGAUGCAUCCAGCGCAUCCGCGGCCAACGCCACGCUCCCAGACACUGAUGUUAACAACUCAACCGCUACUCAAACCAAUUCCAACUCGACCGAUUCUGUCGAUGGGGCUUCUAACGUGACCUUGUCAAAUGCUACUGAUUCCACUUCCGCUGACUCUAACACGACCGUCUCGACCCCUACGGUUUCUCAAAACUCGACUGAGCCAAAGGCUGUUGUUGAUACUAAGGCCAGUCUUUCGACCAACUCUACAGAUGGCUCGGGAGUUGAAGACUGUGUUGAGGAUUGA